CACCUGCAGCCACCGGUGCCUUGGGCCACCUCCGCCACCAUGAGGAUCGCGGUGAUCGGACAAAGCCUGUUUGGCCAGGAGGUGUACAGCCACCUGAGGAAGGAGGGCCACGAGGUCGUGGGCGUGUUCACCAUCCCAGACAAGGACGGGAAGGCCGACCCCCUGGGCCUUCAGGCUGAGAAGGACGGCGUGCCUGUGUUCAAGUUUCCCCGGUGGCGGUCUCGGGGACAGGCCCUGCCCGACGUGGUGGCCAAAUACCAGGCUCUGGGCGCCGAGCUCAACGUCCUCCCGUUCUGCAGCCAGUUCAUUCCCAUGGAGGUCAUCAGCGCCCCCCGACACGGCUCCAUCAUAUACCACCCGUCUCUGCUCCCCAGGCACCGAGGGGCGUCGGCCAUCAACUGGACCCUCAUCCAUGGCGAUAAGAAAGGGGGCUUCACCAUCUUCUGGGCGGACGACGGCCUGGACACGGGGGACCUUCUGCUGCAGAAGGAAUGCGAGGUGCUUCCCGAUGACACCGUGAGCACCUUGUACAACCGCUUCCUCUUCCCCGAAGGCAUCAAAGGGAUGGUGCAAGCCGUGAGGUUGAUCGCCGAGGGCAGAGCCCCCAGACUCCCUCAGCCUGAGGAAGGGGCCUCGUACGAAGGCAUCCAGAAGAAAGAAACAGCCAGGAUCAACUGGGACCAGCCAGCCGAGGCCAUUCACAACUGGAUCCGUGGGAAUGACAAGGUGCCCGGUGCCUGGACAGAGGCCGGUGGACAGGUGUGUUUGCGUGGGACUGGAACUUGCCUGGAUGCCCCCUGGUGUGCCCCGUGGUGGACUGCGAAACCUGCCCCGUGCAUCGACCAGCCCAAUGCAUGGUCCACAGCACCCACCCUGACCACCCCACCCCAAUCUAAAAGGGAGGUCUCCAGCAUCUCCCAGAGGCCUCCGGGCACUUACCACCAGUAUGUUGUGCAUUUGUGCUGGUGUUGGUGCUCUCUGAUCUUGGAACUCUCUGAAGCCUCUCUGCCGCUCCUUUCUUUGCAACGGGGGCCCUGGGAUUUGGCCAGCUGGGCCACCUACCUCCUCCCACCACCUUUGUGUUCUCAGAGUGCUUGGAAACGGAUCCUCCCCAGCCUCUCGGAGGUGGACGAUUCCACGGAUUUCUUCAAGUCGGGAGCCGCAUCAGUGGACGUGGUGAGGCUGGUGGAGGAGGUGAGGGAGCUGUGUGACGGGUUGGAGCUGGAGAACGAGGAUGUGUACAUGGCAACCGCCUUUGGGGACUUCAUCCAGCUGCUAGUCAGGAAGUUGCGCGGGGAGGACGACGAGGGUGACAGCGACAUCGACUACGUGGAAAAAUCAGUGAACAAGCUGGAGCUCCGCAUGCCCCACCAGCUCUUCAUCGGGGGGACGUUCGUGGAUGCCGAGGGAGGCCAGACCUACGACACCAUCAACCCCACGGACGGCAGCGUCAUCUGCCAGGUGUCCCUGGCCCAGGUCAGCGACGUGGAUAAGGCAGUGGCCGCGGCCAAGGACGCCUUUGAGAACGGGCGGUGGGGGAAGAUCAGCGCGCGGGACCGUGGCCGGCUCCUGUACAGACUGGCCGACCUCAUGGAGCAACACCAGGAAGAGCUAGCCACCAUCGAGGCCCUGGACGCCGGCGCCGUGUACACGCUGGCCCUGAAGACCCACGUGGGGAUGUCUAUACAGACCUUCCGCUACUUCGCUGGUUGGUGUGACAAGAUCCAGGGCUCCACUAUCCCCAUCAACCAGGCCAGGCCCAACCGGAACCUGACCUUGACCAAGAAGGAGCCUGUCGGGGUCUGCGGUAUCAUCAUCCCCUGGAACUACCCCCUGAUGAUGCUGUCCUGGAAGACAGCUGCCUGCCUGGCCGCUGGGAACACGGUGGUCAUCAAGCCUGCCCAGGUGACCCCGCUCACAGCCUUGAAGUUUGCGGAGCUGACAUUGAAGGCCGGCAUUCCCAAGGGCGUGAUCAACAUCCUCCCCGGAUCUGGCUCGCUGGUUGGCCAGAGGCUCGCAGACCAUCCCGACGUGAGGAAAAUCGGAUUCACGGGCUCCACGGAGGUGGGGAAGCACAUCAUGAAGAGUUGCGCCCUAAGUAACGUGAAGAAGGUGUCCCUGGAGCUGGGCGGGAAGUCGCCGCUCAUCGUGUUCGCCGACUGCGACCUCAGCAAGGCCGUGCAGAUGGGCAUGAGCUCCGUCUUCUUCAACAAGGGGGAGAACUGCAUCGCGGCUGGGAGGCUGUUCGUGGAGGACUCGAUCCACGACCAGUUCGUGAGGAGGGUGGUGGAGGAGGUGGGGAAGAUGAAGAUCGGCAACCCCCUGGACAGGGACACGGACCACGGGCCACAGAACCACCAGGCGCACCUCAACAAGCUGCGGGAGUACUGUCAGCGAGGUGUGAGGGAAGGGGCCACGCUGGCCUGUGGCGGGAACCAGGUCCCUAGGCCAGGGAGCGUGGAGUGGGCCCCCCUGCCCUGGGAAGGAGAGGAUUCUAGGUCAGGGAGUUAUUGGGACUUUUCCCACAGGGACAUAGAUGCUGUGCUGUCUCGGGCCAACGCCACAGAAUUUGGCCUGGCCUCCGGUGUCUUCACCCGGGACAUCAACAAGGCCCUGUACGUCAGUGACAAGCUGGCGGCUGGGACUGUGUUCGUGAACACGUACAACAAGACCGACGUGGCCGCCCCCUUUGGAGGAUUCAAGCAGUCUGGAUUUGGCAAGGACCUGGGAGAGGCGGCCCUGAAUGAGUACCUGCGGGUCAAGACGGUGACUUUUGAAUACUGAACAGAAGUGGCCUUCAGAAGGACGACCUGUCCUUGCAGCACCCCUUGUCACCUUGACCUGCCUUCCCUAGGGAGGCCAGCUCAGCCUCCCUCCCAGAUAGGGAGCCUCGCACCUGGAGCCGCUGCAGGAAGUCCCCAAGCUGGCUCCCGACCAAUCACAGUGGCCCUUGGCCAAGGGGGCGGGGCCUGCGGGGCUAAUAAAUGUCAGCAGAGGUGACCAGCA